GUUGCUCGCUUGCUGGUCACACUCGUACGUGAACACAACAAGAUGGCGAGAGUUUCGUCUACAAAUUGAAUAUAGAAAAUCGUAAUAAAACGUGCGCAAUAAUUGAUUAAAUAUACAUUAAAGUGUCGGCGCGGCCGCAAUAAUAAGCUGAGCGUAUAUUGCUCGCUUUUUGUGUGUGCGGCAGCAACUCAAACCGAUUGCAAAAUUUUGCUACGCUGUCUGGCCUUGUUGUUGUUGCUGCUGGUGCAGCAUWGUUGUUGCUAUUGUUUUUGUGUGUGCCUAACUCUUUGACCGAAUCCGAACCGCCCCGCCUCUGUCGAGUUGCUCAAAAAUGAUGAACAACUACGGCAAUAUAAUGAUGGACUCACCCAGAUCUUCACCGCAUGGCGGUCGCUCCCCCGUGGUGGCGCGACAGGACUCAUCAGGGACGCUUAAGACAACCAUAUCGUUGGGGAAGACGCCAACGAUAAUACACACGGGUCCAUUCUACUCAAUGAAGGAGCCACCAGCGAAAGCUGAACUAACUGGCGACAAAGACCUCAUGACCGAAUAUGGACUGCAUCAUACGCUGACCAAAUUCAAAGAGAAAAAAUUUAAGGAAUCGCUGGCAUCGUUUCUACCGAACAUACCCGGCAUCAAUGACCUCAUCACGCAUCCCGUGGAAAACAGCACGCUGCGCAGCGUCAUCGAAAAGCCGCCCAUCGGUGGCAAGGAACUCCUGCCCCUGACUCCUGUGCAGUUGGCCGGCUUCCGUUUGCAUCCUGGACCGCUGCCAGAACAGUACCGCACCACUUAUGCCACACCUGCGCGUAAACACAAAAACAAGCACAAAAAGCACAAACACAAAGACGGAAUUACUACUGGGGGACCAGAGUCAACGUUAUUGGAAUCCUUUUCAGAUUCUGCUGGCUUGGAGACAUACGAGAAGAAGCACAAAAAACAAAAGCGCCACGAGGAUGAUAAGGAACGCAAGAAACGCAAAAAGGAGAAAAAGCGUAAAAAGAAAAACCAAAGUCCCGAACCAGGCGGAGCUCUAGGCAUCGGAAUGCCCAGUGGAGGCGGCGGCGGCGGCGCAGCACCAGCUGGUAUGGGUGGACCCGUCAUGGGCGCCACGGCUAUCAUGUCCAAUCCCAUGAGUAGUAGUGGCGUGGGCAUGGGCGUCGGUGUCGGAAUGAAUGCGGGCAUGGGUGCGAACAGUUUUUCCUCAUCUCUGCAAAUGCAGCAACAGCUGUCGAUGCAACAUCAACAGCAGCAGCAGCAAAUGCCCAGUGGGGCGUUAAUGGGCUCUGUGUUGAGUAGUGGAGGAAAUGGGCCUGGAGGUAAUGCUGGUAACGCAGGUGGCGGCCCAGGUAGCUUAUUAAUGUCACAGUUUUAGGUGAAAUCCAUUAGUUAAUAGUCUUGGCUCAUUACCUCUCUCUCGCACACACACACAUCUAUAGCCCAUACACAAAACAAAACAACAAAAA